GGGUAUUCAACUGGAAAUCAAACACAACGAUCCACGAAUCGCCAGAAGUGAAGAGGCAAGCAUAAAUUACGAAAAACUCAAAAUUCACGAUGUCGGACACCUAUAGCGCAAUUCCUCCGCCAUCAAACGACGUGGAGAAACAUCGAAAUUUUACAAAUGGCUCAGCAUCGAACCGCUACUUCGACGACAUCAUACCAAUCGGCGAAUAUGAAGUUCGUGAAGCCCUCCUAAGUGAAGUGAAACGACAUCGCUAUUGGAAGUCCUCGGCAUUCAAAAAAAUGCAGUUUGAAAGAUUGGAGAUGCUUAACUGCUUGCAUUACGUCUUGGAGUCAUUCACCGAAGCUCGCUCGACUUCCGAAGCAACUGAAGCUGUCACCCCUGGUCAACUUCUUGAUCAAGCCUCCUCGUCUAUGCAAAAUCCUUGGGAUUAUGAAGUACAGCCCAGCAACAUGUUUUCGGAUCAGGUAAAAGUAAUGGAAAUGCCAGGAAGCAGUUCGAUAAAUGCCUGUUCUGCAUGUAACUCUGAGGGCACAUACCACUGCUUCUAUUGUCGAGGUCUGGGCACGGAUAAAUGCAAUUUUUGCAGAGGUACUGGCAUGAAGGCUGGGGUCGCUCAUCCGGCCGUUUAUACUCAUCCGAUGGUGGCUACGUUCCCGCAUGCUGACCUUAGUCGAGGUUACGCUUCUUCUUCAACAGCCAUGGUACGACAUGGCGCUAACCAAGUCUAUGGCCUUGGCACGCCUAUGCACUUCAUGUCAAAAACUGGCGUCCCACCACCUGGUAUAGGAACGCACGAUCUAUGCUACAUGUGCCAUGGGAGAGGUGUAAAAGAAUGCCAUCAUUGCAAGGGUGGUGGAAAGAAACCAUGCACUGCUUGUUGUGGCACGGGCAGUGUCAGGAGUUUUACGAAGCUGAAAAUCUACUUCAAAACCGAGCGUUCCGAAUUUUUCACGCAAAGUGAAGUGCCCGAGAAAUUACUCUAUCAUGCCAGCGGCAAGGAAAUCUUCUCAGAAGAAGAACCAUAUGUACUUCCCAUAAGUAAAUACCCCGUGCAAGAAGUAAACGAGAAAAGCAAACAGUUCUGCGCACAACAUCUGCAGAACAGCAUGGGGAUGUGCCGUGUUAUACGGCAACGACACUGUUUGGUGGCAAUACCUGUCUGUAAGGUAUACUAUACAGUUGGCAAUACAAAAGGCAUAUUCUACGUCUAUGGAAACGAUCGUCAAUGUUAUGUGCCAAAUUUUCCAUCAAAAUGUGUCAUUUUAUAAGUUUGUGUUUUCCCUUGAACUUUCUUCCCAGAUCUUCCCAG